GCUCAUCCCGUGCUACACAAUACUAAAGGGGAUGGCAUUCCGCGGCUCCUUGCACGCGAGUAAGGAGUUGGUUCCCACGCGGGGCUGUAAGGUAUGUAAGCCCUACGCAACCGAGGUUGUCGUUGGGUCCUUGAAGCUACUAGGUAGCUUACAUACCUACAUAGUAUGUAUGUAUGAGGUUACCUGCCUACUUACCCAGGCAAAGUAAGGUAGUUAGGUGUACCUAAUCUAUUUACUUAUGUACGCACGGUGCGCGAGCCUCUUCCCUUGGGCGGUUCCCGUCUUGAUGAUAUGUAUGUCUGGGUGGGUGAUUAAGCAAGCGAGGCGAGGCAUGGCGAAGCGAAGAGCAAGCAGGCAAGCAAGCAACCUUAGCAAGCAGCGCAAAGGACGCAAGGGAGACACGGCAAGAUGCAGCCAGCCGAUGGCCCUGAAACAAAUUCAACCCAAACCUAGCAUGAGCCACUUACUGUACUAUGACAAGAAGCCACAUACAUAUAUACCUACACACACACACACACAUACAUGCGUUGGCCUUUUCCCGUUGCGUAAUAUGUCGUUCCGUCCACAAACCGAUGGCGGAUUCUUCACAUAUGAUGUUAUUCGCGACAUUUUACCCACGAGCUUACGACUUGGUGGCGCACAGGAGAAGCAGGGGAAAAGACGAGAAAGGAUUUGGUGGUCAGGGAUUUGGUUUACCGUCUUUCUUUCUUUCUACCUUCCUUCUUCCUUAUCGCAACCCGUCUUGAAAAAACGCUGCCGACGGGCCGAGAAUAGUUGAUAGAAGAAGAAGAAGAAGAGAAGGAGAAGAAGUGCCUGCAUACUAUAUUGGGCAUGUAGAUAAGAAUAAAGAUAACAAAUAGUUAGAGAAUAAGCAAAAGAGACCUGUCGUUUCAUUUAACUUUUUCUCGGCCUGAGCAACUCGACCCGAUCUCUCGAUUUCUCCAUGCAAUCUUGCAGGAAGGAGGCGUUUUCUUUCUUUCUUUCUUUCUUUUUUUUUCUUUUUCUUUUCUUCUUUUUC